AUGGAGAAUAACUCUGACAUCGUGUUUGUGCUUCACGGUCUGAACGAGUCCAUGACCAACCGGCAGGUGUACUUCACCUUCGCCCUGGUGUCGUACGUCUGCACCGUGCUGGUCAACCUGACGCUCAUCCUCACCGUGUGUGUGGAGGCGUCGCUGCACCAGCCCAUGUACAUCUUUGUGUGUAAUCUGUGUCUGAACGGGAUCGGCGGAGCCUCCAGUUUCUACCCCAAGCUGCUCCACGACCUGCUGGCCGACUCCCACGUGGUCUCCUACGCCGGCUGCCUGGGUCAGAUCUUCGCCGUCUACAGCUACGUGUUCUGUGAGUUCACCAGUCUGACCGUCAUGGCGUACGACCGCUACGUAGCCAUCUGCUGGCCGCUGCAGUACCAAGCCGUCAUGACACCGCAGCGGGUGGGGAAGCUGCUGCUGCUCACCUGGAGCUUCACCCUGCUGGAGAGCUUGGUGGGUAUAGUGCUGACGGCCCGGCUGCCCCUCUGCGGGCGCAGCAUCCGCAAGCUGUUCUGCACCAACUGGGAGGUGGUGAAGCUGUCCUGCACCAGCACCACCCUGAACAACAUCUACGGCUUCGUGCUGAUAUUCUCUCACUGCUCUCAGACCGUGCUCAUCCUGGUGUCCUACGUGCACCUGGUCCGCGCCUCACUCAGGUCUCGCUCCGACCGCAGGAAGUUCAUGCAGACGUGUGUGCCGCACCUGAUGACGCUGCUGGUCUUCACCGUCUCGAGUGUGUCCGACACGCUGUACUCUCGCUACGCCGGCAGCAGCUCUCUGCAGGCGCUGCAGAACUUGCUGGCUGCAGAGUUCCUGGUGGUUCCUCCGCUCAUCAACCCCAUCAUCUACGGGAUGAAACUGCAGCAGAUCCGCUCCAAGAUCCUGCCCCACUUCAGACCAGAGGCCAGGAAGUCUCACACAUGA